AUGGGCCGUCCUCUAAUGUCGGCUGCCGAUGUGGCCCCUUUCCGUCGAACUCUGAUGGGACGCAUUGUGGGCAAGGUUAUUCGCGUCAAGGUGGAUACCCCUGAUGAGACGGACAAGAGCAGCAUCAGCAAUGGAAGGAAGGGCGGUGUCCUUCGAAGAUCGUCACUGUUCCUGAGCAGCAUUACCAUGGCGGACUUUAAGAAUCCCGCACUCUUUCACAAGGAAGAAGAAGAAGAAGACGAGGAGACCACCCACCACUGCUCGGCAAGCACCUUUGGAGAAAGUGGGUCUCUUCGCUUUGAACUAUUGGAACUGCAACAGAGUGACAGUCUUCCUUCGGUUCCCAAGCGACGAAACUCCCGAGCGGGUGUCGUGGAUACAAAACCCAAGGUACCCAUGCGAAAUAAGAGUGUCAACCGUGUCCCAUGGUAA